UUCAAUCGAAAUGGAAACAACCAAAGCAAUUUCCUUUGGAAUCCUCGUUCUCUCAAUCUCCAUAAUUCCUUCAUCAGCUCAGAUCACAACGGCGUGCACAACUUCAAUCGUAACUAGCUUUACUCCGUGCAUGAAUUUUAUAACGGGGAGUACUAACGGAGGUGGAUCUCCUAGUGCCGGAUGCUGCAAAGCUCUAGGCUCGUUCAUGAGCAACAGUAUGGAUUGUGCUUGUCUUAUGUUUACCGGGAAUGUCCCGUUUAGCCUCCCAUUCGGCCAGACGGUGGCAAAUAUGCUCCCUCAGAUUUGCAACUCUGUGCCCAUUCCGCUGCAAUGUAAAGCUACUGCGACUCCUUUACCAAGUCCAGGUCCUGUAACUUAUGCGCCGGGUCUUCCCCCUCUUCCUCCUUGGGGAGCAGCAGCUGGACUAGAUGUCGAGCCGUCGAGCCGCCAGCCGCAGCGCCAGCAGAGAUGCCGGCGUCUCCACCAGCAAUUGCGGACCGCGGUCCAUCGGCAUUCAACCAAGGCCAGCGGCCACAACUGCUGCCUAACUCCGCGAUCAAGCUCUCUCCAGCUCUAUUCCUAGUUCUUGCGUUAGGAGCUGUUUUAUUAAACAAGAACUAAUACUGUAAUAGAUUUUUGGGUAGAUGUUUUGAGAGACUUGCUGAAAUUAUAUUGUGGGGUCGAACGAAUUAUAGUAUUUAUUAAAUUUGUUGUUUUUGGAUUGUAGUAUAUUGUGAUCACAGGAAUCUGUGAAUGAGAAAAAUCAUGAUAAUUAAAGUUGUUUGAGUAUGAAUUUCAAGUGAAUAUA